AUGGCUUCAAAUAGCGCACCGCGCAAACCCCGCAAGAAGGCAAAGCCUCUAUCCUUCUCCACCGCAAACAUCGGUACCUCUCCAUCACAAGGUUCCGCCAUCGCCUCCUUAACUUCGCCUUCGCAAUUGGUCUUGGGAUAUUCGGCCGGUCAGUUGAUUCGCACACCUCCCGUUCCUUCGUCUUUCCAUAUCGAAGAUCGACAAUCUCCGAGGUCGCCCACUCCGCGCUCUAAGAUUGCUUCUACGAUUGCAUCUACGAUUGCAUCCACGAUUGCAUCCACGAUUGCUUCGCCUCAGUCGCGUGCAGGAGUGAAUCAUCCUUAUCGCGCUUUGGGAAAUAAAGCUGAUUUGGCUCACUUUGGAAAUUCACAUUCACAUUCACAUGCACAUUCACCAUUUGCGAACACCGAAAGUUCACAAAGUGAUCUUUUAAAGAGAGAGACGGCGCAUUCUGGGGAAAUACCAGUUGCAAAGAUGGCGAGUUUAUAUGUUGGUGAUGGAGACGCACUUGCUGAUAACUUGAUGGGAGACACUUCGUCUUUGCCAGCGACAACUAUGGCUACUGUUGCUUCGGCGCCACAAUUAAUCUCAAAUUCGAAUGCGAAAAAUCUCAGCGGCGACAAGAUCCUCAACCUUCCUCGCAACGAGGGUAAUAGAGAGACAAACCCAGCAUCACUUGACAAAACACCAGUAACUCCCGCACAAGAACCAAUACUCACAACCAAUUCAGAAUUUCCCGCCAACACCGAUGCCAAUAAACAGCAGUGGAAAGCUGCAAUCAAAGCCAACAAUCCCCCUCGCAAUCCGUUCCACUUAAGUAUCCCACCCCAAGUACAUCGACGCACUACAAGCCAAGAAAGUCAGGGAAUCUCACACAAUACGCAUGGUGGAAUCGCUCUCUCAAACGCUUAUACCCAGAUGGUUGAAAGUGUAGAGAAAGCAAAUGGGACUCAAGCGAAUAUGAAUAUUCAACCAACGACAAUGACGACCGGUCGAAACCCCUUUUCUGGACCUGCGUUGGAUGCCGCUCCAGAUUUCGAAGCUAAUUUCGCGGAGAUGAUGGCGACGUUGGAGAAUUCCAAACCGGGAGAUUUGAUGUAUGGGAUGGAUAUGAGUGGUCAGCUUGCGCAGGCUUCUUCUGUGGGGGCAGUGAUGAGACGGGGUUUUGAGGAUAUGGCGAAAGAUGGGCCGAGGAUGCAACCUAUAAAUCAUCCUACUAUGCAAGAAACUAUGUUGGGGAAUGGAAGUCAGGCUGGGGGAGUGUCGCAGGGAGUAAAAGGCAAUACGUCGGAUUGUUCUGAGAUGGUUCAGUUAGGAUCGCCUUUUCAGACUUCGAUGCAGAUACAUCCUAUGAACCAUGCUACGGCGCAAGAGAUUGUGAUGAAUACUGGUAAUCAAGCUGGUGGGAUGUCGUCGGUGGUACAAGUCAAUACACCAGAACGUUCUUCGAAGUUUCAAAUGAGAUCGCCUUUUCAGAUUUCGAUUCAACAGCCUUCGACUCACUCUACGACUCAGCAAAACAUUACGAACAAUGGAAAUGUAUUCGAAGGAACAUCACUGUCAACAGGCCAACAAAUUACUGUUGACUCUUCCCUCCGAUCUGACUUUCCAAACACUACGCCAAUGCAUCAAUCUAGUGGUCAGGGAGAUGUGAUGAAUAAUGGUGGAUAUAACAGUGGGGUUCAAGAUGAUAAUACGGCCUCUUCAGAUAUUAUUGGAGAUUUCGCUCGAGAAUAUAGUUCUGCGAAUCACAAUGCUUGGUUGACGGCGGAUAUGAAUGAUUCCUCGAUUCAAGAGAAUCCAGCAGCAAGUAUGAUCGGAGCCUCGCCUUCAACUCAUGCGAAUACAAGAGUGGAAAUGGCUGAAUCGUCAAAUCAAGCACCUUUGCCUAACGUUGUUAGCCAUCCAAUGGAUGGAAUUUUGCUUACUGGUAGCAAUCAUGGGAAUCUGGCAAGUGUAUCUGGUGGAUAUAACAUGAAUUUUGCGCCAAAUACCUCGAAUCAAGUGAUGGGUGGUCCUCUUCCAUCUGGACUUGCACCAGAUACACGCACAUAUCAACAGUCUCCUCCUCAGCAGGCUAUACGUCAAAGAAGUGCUACUCCUGUACAUGGACACACUCCUAAUAACUCAAUGGGAUCGGGAUUCGGUCAUAUGGGCCCACAAGUACUAAACUCCCCCAAUCGUCCUGUUCAUUCGGCACUCGACUUACGCAGAUCCGCUACACCUACCCAGUCAGUCAUCAAUCAUUCCAAUGCAGGCUCGCCCGCAGUAGUGAAUGCAAUCGCUAGAUCGACAAGAUCCAGCUCGACAACAAUGGCCGCUCCCGAAAUACCUUUCGAUGACACCGCUCCAAACCCUUUACAUCCAGCCAGCUUUCAUCUAGACACUCCAAGUAUGCCAGAUGCGCCACUUUUCUCAACUCGCAAUCCUUUACACCCGCCCAGUUUUCAUCAACCGACACCUCGUGCUCCAUGGCCAACAUCGCGUGUUCCGAUCCCGCCAAACCCUGCCGUAUCGGGUAAUACACCGGGUUAUUUCGAGCCGUCUCAAACGUUCAACUCUCAGGAAAAUGCAAAUGCGAAUACAAAUUUGAUGAACAUGAAUAGAGACAUGCUUAUCCAAUUUAAUCCUGCUUUUCAACAACAUCAAUUUAUGCUGAAUCAACGCGGUCAAAAUAAUCUACAAUUGCCGCAACAACCUCAUCAUCCCAUGCAAUUAGAUCAAUUCGAAGCCAUGAUGAAUCAAGCCGCCGUGGAGAACGAAGCAAAUGAGCGUGGGAAUCAAGCAAAUAUACCAGGAUAUACUCCACCCGUCUCACCACCCUUUUCUCUCCUAAACACCUUGUUCCAUAAUCGUGUCGUUCGAUUGGACAACCCUCAACCUGUGACCGAAGAUUCCUUCGAACGCUCACUUCUAUUUCAAGUUGCUGCGGGCAUCAACUCUUCGCUUCAAGGAUAUAAUCUCAAUAGUCCCAUGCCUUUUGACGGAAAACCCGCUCCUCGACUUCCAAACUAUCUUACUCCAGAUCAUCGCUCCCAGAAGAUUGUUGAUGUAGAUGAUCGCCCAUUAGCUCUAAACAAGCUAACCAUUGGAGAAAACUUCGAAUGCGAUUUCUGCACCGGAACCCCAAGUUUCGGUGGAAUCAAUCGGUACAAUCACAAUUUCGUCGAGAUCUGGGGUCCCGCGGGUCGAGAAUGGUGCGCUGAAUGCAAGCAAACGGGAAAACACCUACUCGGCGGCGCUCUUCCCGAGAAGCACGAGCACAGUAAGAAAGGCAAGCGAGUCGCCCAAGAAGCCGCCGAUUGCGGUCCCGCGGCCAAAAAGCCCGCUCGUUCGGCAUCCGUUUCUUCGAGCAAGACGACUCGUGCGGCGACGGCGACGGCUAGCUAUGAUCGCUAUGCGCCCCUCUCUGAAGAAUCCAACGUCUUUGGCGAUCCUCGGGAAAUACUCUCGCCGAUUGAUAAUUUGUUGAUUAAUCCCUUCAUGCACAAUCUCACGUGUCGCGGCGCCGCGUAUCGACAAGUCGAUCUGGGGAAGACGAAAAUCUGUGUCGGGUGUAAGGGCAGGAAGAGGGAGAUUGUGGAUCAUGGGUGUCAUGAGGAGUUUACGCAUAUUGUGGCGGGGGAUGUGGAUGGUCGGUGCCAGGUUGGGUAUGCGCGACAAUCUUCGGGUGCGGGACUGAGGGUUGGAGAGGGUGAAGAGAGUGGAGAGGGGGCUGUGGAUGAGAGUUUGGGGGGGUUGAGAUUUGAUGUCGGUCGGGAUUUGAGUGAGGGGAAUAUGACGGUCGAGGAGAUUAAUUCGAUUGUUAAUGUUGGGUUGAAUGCGGGUGGUGUGCAAGCAGGCAGUGGUGGUAUGAAUUCGAGUGGUAUGAAUUUGAGUGGUAUGAAUUCGAGUGGUAUGCAGUCAGGCAGUACCGGUAUGAAUACUGGUACACAGUCCACCAGUGCGCACACAGACAGCACAAACUCUCGCCGAAAUUCUCUCGUCAACCCACACACCCAUGCCCACCAGAGCAGCAGCAUAGAUAUCGACCUCGACUCCGAUCUCUACUGCGACAUGAACUCCAUCCUCAACAGCUCCAUGGACUCCAUGUUCGGCAACGACGAUUUCUCGUGGGGCAAAUCCGGCUGGCUAAGCCACAGCACCUCGACCUCCAACUCUGCCGUUCUGCUUCCCACUCCCGCGACUACAUCUUCCGUUCCCGCUCCCGCCCCCCUCAACGAAAUCCACGAUCAUCACACCCACAUGAAUCGACAUCCGCACCGUCCCAUCUCCAAAUCCUGCAUGAUUUGUCCCGCGCCUUCUGUUUUCCUCUGCGAUGGCUGUCCCUUGACGCUCUGCGAAAAAUGCAGAUAUCGUCUGCGAGAUGCGAAGGGUUGGUUGAAUAAUUUGAUCUAUAGUAAUGGGGUUAAUCAUAAUCGGAAUGAUGCGUUUUUGUUGAGGAGUGAUGAUGGUGGGUAUCAUGAUUAUGGAAAGUUUUGGCCCGUUCCGUCGCAUGUGAAUGGGAGGGGGGUGUUUGGAGAUGGGGGACGUUGA